CUACUCUCCACUCCCUCCUCCGCGUGUCUCGACUCUCUCUCCCCCCACACGGCGCAUCUGCUGCACUACGCGUGAUUUACAGAACCCUAGGUCGCGCAGUGAGCAUGCUGGCCUCGUGGAUGUUGGUGUUAGUCUAAUGGCGGACAAUCAGCCCUCUCCCGAUUACUCCCGCCCGCAGUUUCCUGCCCAUAAUGAGCCACGGGUAUGGGUGAUCACGGCGGGGGAUUCGCCCAUCGGCAUCUCCGUGACCCGCAAGAUCCUGAUGCACGGCGACUAUGCCUUGGUUGGACUGGCCCAUUCAAGCCUGGAUCGGGAUCAAUGCCGUCGAGAUAUGUUCGAUGCUUUCUUGGCCGAGAUUGAAAGCAAUGAGGGGUGGGGAGAGCGAUUCAAGGCACUGCCUCUGGACAUAAGAAUGGUCGGGGAGUGCCAGGCGCUAGUGGCGCAAGCAGUCGCGGCGUUUGGCAGAGUAGACAUCCUUCUUUGCUGUAGCAGCCAAGCGCUUAUUGGAACUGUGGAGGAGCUCUCUGCCUCGCAGCAAACCCUGAACCUGGUCCGGGACCAGUUUGAGAGCAAUUACUUUGGGCCUCUCAAUAUCAUCAAGGCAGCGUUGCCUCACAUGCGCCGGCAAAAGUCCGGACACAUCAUGAUUCUCUCCGGCAUCACCGCUCACAUCGGCACGCCCGGACUGGGAAUGUACUGCGCAGCAGGAUGGGCUCUCGAAGGCUUCUGCGAUAGCUUGGCAUACGAAAUCGCCCCCUUCAACGUCAAACUCACCAUCUUCCAAUGCAGCAUCGAGAUCGGAAUUCUCACAAACCUAGUAACCAGCGUCCCACCCAUCAGCAAGAUCUACUCAUCCGCAGUCAACCACGCACCACUCUUCCGCGGGAUCCUAAACCGACUCGUGUCUCGUCUAUCGAACGAUUCUUCGAAUGGCGCCAACCAAACCAGUUCUGUCGAAGAUGGCCCAUUCUCCGCCUCCGAGGUCAUAUCAACGUAUCCGCCGCUCAGUUCUGCGCAUAUGGAGGUGCUGGUUAGCGAGACUGUGUAUGCUAUUACGGCGAUUGCGGGCCAUGAGAAUCCGCCAUCGCGCCAUAUUGUGGGUCAGGAGGGCGUUGCGAGUGUCAAGGAGAAGCUGAAGACGGUUAGCGAGGAGCUGGAGGAUUUUAUUCAGGCCAGCUUUGCGGUUGAUUAUACUGCUGAUGAGUACGGUCGGUCGUCUAGGGAGGAAGGGAUGAUCUUGGGUAUGGGGGCCGGUCAUGAUAGAUUUUGAAGUGCACAUAUAGUAUUGAAUGUGACGCUUUCUUCGGAGAGAAUUAUAAUGUUAUUGUGAAAAAAGCUGGACAUAUUGGAGAGUCUACUUGUGUCUAUCACAUG